UCUCUCUCUCUCUCUCUCUCUCUCUCUCUCUCCGUGUCUCUUUAACGCGAAGGGGUCGCGAAAUGUGAAAGGUCGGUCUCUCGGCGGCUCUCCUCUGCUUCGAAUGAGCUUCGCAGCACCUCUUCCACACCCAUGGCGAGGAGUUGGAUUAUCGAUAGCAGAUCAAUAGCAAAGAAAGUGAAAAAUGCUACCUUGUCCACUACUUCCCAAAUCAAAGACUGUGGUGCAAAUCGUGAAUGCCCAAAUUGCCAUUAUUCCAUCGAUAACAGUGAUGUUUUGCCGGAAUGGCCUGGCCUACCCACUGGUGUAAAGUUUGAUCCUUCUGAGGGUGAGCUCUUGGAACAUUUGGCAGCAAAAUGUGGCAUUGGAAACUCAAAACAGCACGUGUUGAUUGAUGAAUUUAUUCCCACACUUGAGUGGAAUGAAGGAAUUUGUUAUACUCAUCCUGAAAAUCUUCCUGGUGCCAAUAAAGAUGGAAGAAGUGUCCAUUUCUUUCACAGGACCAUGAAUGCUUACACCACUGGACAACGAAAGCGUCGUAAAAUUCAUGAUCAGCAUAAUCUGAACAGAGAAGAUGUUCGCUGGCACAAGACUGGUAAGACCAAACCUGUUGCCAUUGAUGGAGUUCAUAAAGGUUGGCAGAAAAUAAUGGUUCUUUACAAAAGUUCAAAGAAGGGGUCAAAGCCUAUUAAGUCCAAUUGGGUGAUGCAUCAGUAUCAUUUGGGCAUGGACAAGGAGGAGAAGGAUGGGGAAUAUGUGGUCUCCAAGAUCUUCUAUCAACAACCCAAGGAGACUGACAAGAAUAACAAGAUUGAUGAGGAGAAUGAUGAAAGUAUGUACAUUGAUGAUCAGGAUGUAAAGACUCUUCGAACCAAUCCGAGGACCCCUAAACCAAAUCCUUCCAAUCUACCUCGAGCAGAAACAAAUAUUCUUCUUGAUGAUGUCGCUGAGGAAGAUAUGAAGUCGUCUGAUCAGGAUACAAAUAAAGAUAUUCAGCUCGAGGAUGAUGAGCCAUUUACUGAAUGGUUGGCUGGUGAAUCACAGCCUCUGGAUGACUUUGAUUUAGGUCACAUUGACGGGUCUUUGUUAUGCAAAGAGCCUGUCGAAUCUUGUUCUCAGAACAGAGAUAGAGGAUGCAAUCUCGUUCCUGCAACUACAUCACUUCCGAAGACAAAUGAAGUGGUAACCAACGGAAACACAACCUUUGAGAUCUCUGAACUUGAGAAGCUAGAGUUUGAUACUCCACCAGAUUUCCUGCAUCCUGAAUUGCCAUUUGGUUCCCAAGAGAGCAUAUUCGAAUGGUUAGGACGCAUAUAAAGAGAUGCAACGAAGUACAAACCUCCGAAUUGUUGUGGGGUUCCCAAUUUUGCAUGCUGGAACUGGCUCAACUCACCACUAAAGUAUCUUUUGGUGGGACCAAUGUCUAAGCUAAUCACUUUGAGGGAACAUGGAUGCUUGGCCCUUCUCAUCACAAAAUUGGACCUAGACAUCAUUUGAUAUGCGACACUUCCAUAGCAUGUCAAUUGUGUCACUGCAAGCAAAAUGUUUCACCUCCUUAGCGAGCUGAAAGUUAGCUUUUUUACGGCUUCUUACCCAUUUCCUGUCUUCUGGGAACCUACAUCAUUCUAUUCCGAUUGGGAGGUUGAUGUUCUUAAUUUGUGUGGCUGUUCGUGGUAAUGCAAUUAUUGGUUGUUCGGUGCUUGUACAUAUAAAGAACACUGGAUUUACAUUUCGGAUGUUAUUCUGCAAAAUGUGUUUAUGAACCUGUUUUCUACUCCAUUUGCUCCGGCGAAGGAAA